UAUAUAAACUGUUUUGCUAAUUUGAUUUAUGGUGUAAAUCUAUAUUUUCCAGAGCUUGACUGUGUCACACUGCUCGAGAACGUAGAACAGCGCCAUGCUCAGAUUUGUCACCUUCCUGGCUGUCACCCUUCUGGCGUCAGCGUCACCCGCCUCCCGCUCAGUACGGAUCCUGGAGGGAGAACUGACGACGAUUCUACAGGAGGCGCUGGCGCCCUACGACCCAUUAACCAUCCAGAGCCUCACGGACGUUCAUGUUGUCACAAACGACGCUGACGUUCUCUACAAUGCUGUCAACACAGCCGUCACUGGCUUGUCUCAGAUUGUGGUCAACAACUUCUCCCCGCCCAUCCCACUCAUCUCUAAAGCGGUGACCAUUGAGGCGACAGUCACAAUCGACGCUCACUCGGACGACUACUCCAUCGCCGGCACCUUCCAGGGAGCAGACAUCGCUGCCUCUGGCGUAUCAGAUUUGAGGUUGAACGGGCUUGACAUCACCAUCCACUUUAAGGCUGACAGCUAUUCUUUGCUCCCCAUUUCAUUGUGCGUCAAGGAAGGCUCCCUGUCAAUCAAAUUAAGCGUGGUUUCCGUCGAGUCUGCACUGGAAGGAGCCGGUGGCAUCAAUGACGAAAUCGAGGCCAACGGUCCAGCCGUUCUGGAGCUGAUCGCAAACAAGUUUAACGAAAACUCCGCCGAAAUCGAGACUCUUAUCAACAAUGCUCUCUGCGUUUGAUAAGGACGUAUCCAAAUGACAAAUGAUGCCUGACAUUAUCCAUUUAUUUUGAUAAUUUUGGCUACAUAAUCUCUAUUCUAUUUAAAACGGGUGUUUCAUUAUGUAAACGAAGUGGUUUGGUUUAUCGACAAAAUCUUAUGAAUAUUUGUACUAUUAAUGUACCUACAAAACAAUUCGUUAUAAUUUAUCAUUAAAAUAUAGGAAAGUUACAUGAUUCUGUAGCAAAAUUUCAAAGGAAAUGGAUAGGAACAUGACAAAUUUUGGUGAUAAUAGUGCAACCCGUCCUCUUUCAAAUAUCGUCGCUUCUCGCUCGUAUGCGCUACAGCCAAAAAUUGCCGUACUAGUGAAUGAAAAUUCAUUUUUCAAAUGAAAUGGACCCAAAGCCGCAAGUUUUGGGUACUCUAGUAGGUUAGGAGAGCAGCAAGUUCUCCUACGGUUUCAAAACGUUAUGAAAACUCAUAUUUAUGUAUGAGUUUUCUAAAAUAUAUCAUAUAUAUUUUAUGAUAUAUUUAGAGUUUCUAAAUAUAUGAUAUAUAUUUAGUCCUCUCCUAACCUAAAAUCUAGACUAAGCCAGAAGACCCAAAACAGAAAAAUGGAGAGUACGUCACUUUCGCGAGCCGCUUUCAUUUUCUCGUAUGACAAUUUUUAGCUUUAGUGUGCAUAAGAGCGAAAAGCGAUGUUAUUUGUUAGAGGACGGGUUGAUUAGUGAGAGUUCACUACUUUAAGAGGAACGCUCAAAGUUAAUUUUCACAAUGAUGUCAUAAGAAUUAUCUAAAACAUCUUCCAACCAAAAUAAUUAUAAACUCUGACAUGACUAGGUAAUGGGCAGACUAUCUUGUUUGACAUUACCUUAAAAUAAAUGAAUAUACAUUU